UGCUGCUCUUAUGUUGCAUUCUAAUGUAUACUUGGCUUUGCAGAACAGCCUGGGUAGCAAUAACCCUUUUACUUGGGGCAGUGUCUCAGUCUUCUCUUUUGCAGGUGUCAGAUAUUCAUAUCAGCAAAUUUCGGGAUCCCAAACGAGCUCCUGACUUUGAGAAAUUUUGUUCAGAAACAAUUGAUGUAAUUCAGCCAGCACUUGUUCUAGCAACAGGUGAUCUGACAGAUGCUAAGACAAGAGAUAAACUGGGAUCUGAGCAGGUAGAAGAUGAGUGGAAAACUUAUCAGUCAAUCCUGAAGAGGUCAAGGGUCAUGGAAAAAACCAAGUGGAUAGACAUCAAAGGGAAUCAUGAUUCAUUCAACAUUCCACGCCUGGAUAGUGUUCAGAAUUAUUACAGGAAAUACUCUGCCUGGCAUAAAGAUGGCUCUUUCCAUUACAUCCACACAACCUCUUUUGGGAACUAUUCAUUCAUCUGCGUGGAUGCCACACUCAGCCCAGGCCCUAAAAGACCCUAUAAUUUUUUUGGGAUUUUAAACAUGAAUCAAAUGGCAGAGCUGUCUUUGAUGGCAACAGAAAGUCUACAGAGCAACCAUACUAUCUGGUUUGGCCACUACCCCACCUCCACAAUCGUCUCCCCAUCCCCUGGAAUACGAACAUUAAUGAGUUCUGCCACAGCAUAUUUAUGUGGACAUCUCCAUACAAUGGGUGGGCUGAUGCCAGUCUUGCACAGUCAACACCGUGGUGGCACUCUGGAACUUGAACUGGGAGACUGGAUGGAUAAUAGGAGAUACAGGAUCCUUGCGUUUGACCAUGACCUCCUCAGCUUCGCAGAUCUCAACUUUGAAGAGUGGCCUGUAGUUCUCAUCACCAAUCCUAAAUCCUUCCUUUACAGCAGUUCUACUCAUGAACCACUAGUCAAAAUUCUUUAUUCCACUCAUAUCAGAAUUCUGGCAUUCUCUCCUUCUGUCAUUAUCUCUGUCAAAGUCUACAUAGAUGGAGUUCACCUGGGGAAUGCACAUCAGGUGUCUGGCCCUCUCUAUGUGCUGAAGUGGAGCCCACAAAACUACAGUGAAGGGUUCCAUCACAUAGAUGUAACUGUCCAGGAUGCUUCAGGAAGAAUUGCCACACAGGGCCAUUUAUUUGGUAUGGAAGAAAACCUCUCUCUUAGAUUUGACUUUUGGUCAUCUGUUAUUCUUCUCACUGACCACUAUGUUCUAGCCAGAGUGCUCUUUGGACUGACUGUGCUGAUUCAGAUUACCUUGCUUGUUGUUUUCCGACACCUCCAAAAGCCAGCACUCAAAGGAAAGCCGGGAUUACUUACUCUGACUUCAUAUUCUCUUAAUGUCUUCAGUAAAACAAACACCUUCUAUUACUCAAUUCUGGUUCUGAAUUUAUACACCAUUCUGGGACCAUGGUUUGUAGGUGAACUGAUAGAUGGCCAGAUGGGGGCCUGUUUUUCCUUUGGAGUGUUUGUUGGUGGUUCCUUCUUACAGGGCAGUAUGACAUUUGUGGUUGGGAUUUUACAGAUGAUGUUUUUCAACCUGCCAUUGAUGGCCUAUCUGUGCUGGUGCCUGCUGCUGCGAUGCCAUGGCCACAGCUUCCGUUCCCACCUCCGUCACAACCGCCGCCUCGUGGCUGUGCCUGUUCACCUGGCAAUGGUCCUGCUCCUGGCCUGGCAGGUCUAUUCCUGCUAUUUCCUGCAGCGGACAUACGGCACCUUGGCAUUCUUCCUGUCCCCAAUGAGAACGUGGCUGGUGCUACUGACCGCAGCUCUCAUUUAUAAAACCUGGACACUCAAAUCAUCAGAGCUCAGAACUUACAUAACAGAGAUAAAAAACUGUCAAAGCUCCUGAAGUACAAUAUAAGUACUCCAAAUUCUGUCUUAAAAACUCUCAAGGUACAUCCUUAUCAUUUUGUGAUGCUGGAAUUCUAUACACCCCAACCGUUAAGUGGUAAGACCCAAAGCUGCACCUGCACUGCUGCAGAACUGUAUUAAAUAGUUAAUGUACAAUAUGUUAUACACACUUUCCUUCUAUUAUACAACAUACUGUAUAAUACAUGUUAUAUAAUACAGUUAUGGAUUAUACAUCAGUACAGCCAACUUUGGAAUAAUCUCAUCAAUGAGGUUUUUUUAGUGAUACAGAGAUACAUAUAUCCAUAUGGAUCACAAAUGGAAAUGUUUGCCUGUUGCUAUUGCUACUGUGAAUAGAAAAAUAAUUAAUUAUUGAUUUUUAUAAUGCUGCAAAAUAUGAGCAUAGGACCUGA